GAUCCCUCCAUUUCAUUAUCGCCAGCUUUCCGUCGGUAUCCGCCUCCCCACGCUGCACAAAAUCGUACCUUUUCCACUGCGUAUCGAGUCAGACAAACCGAGUUCCAUAUCAAAAAUUUAUAAGUUCAUCCUAAAAGUGAGGUUAAAAUGGCCGGUACCCUAACAAAAUUCUGCAAAAAUUUAAAAGAUGUGUCUGCCGUUAAAAAUGGUGUUCUAGCGCCUGCUGUCUACGUUCAAAAUCGCAACUAUGCUAGUGGAAAAAGGGUUGAAGUGGCGAAACCCGUCGUCGAGAUGGACGGUGAUGAAAUGACCAGAAUCAUUUGGCACAAGAUUAAGGAAUCGCUCAUUUUUCCUUACGUUAAACUCGAAUGUCUUUACUUCGAUUUGGGGCUACCAUACAGGGACCAAACUAAUGAUCAGGUGACCAUUGAUGCUGCACAUGCCAUCUUAAAACAUAAUGUCGGAAUUAAAUGUGCAACGAUUACACCAGACGAACAGAGAGUAGAAGAAUUUAAACUAAAAUCGAUGUGGAAAUCUCCAAAUGGAACCAUAAGAAAUAUUCUUGGAGGAACAGUAUUCAGAGAACCUAUUUUAUGUAAAAACAUUCCAAGACUAGUACCUGGUUGGACUCAAUCCAUGGUAAUUGGUCGUCAUGCACACGGUGAUCAAUACAAGGCUGUGGAUAUUGUUGUAGAGAAACCUGGAAAGCUAGAAUUAGUCUUAACAACUGAUGACGGCAAAGAACAGAGGACAGAAGUGUUCAGAUACAAAGGCGCAGGUGUGGGGAUGGCUAUGUACAACACAGACGAAAGUAUUGAAUCAUUUGCUCACUCUUCAUUCCAAGUUGGUCUUCAAAAGGGCUGGCCAGUAUACUUAUCCACGAAAAAUACCAUUUUGAAAAAAUAUGAUGGUAGAUUCAAGGAUAUAUUCCAGGAAAUCUUCGAUAAACACUACAAAGCCCAGUUUGACGCCAAAAAGAUCUGGUACGAGCAUCGUCUUAUCGACGACAUGGUAGCCCAAGCUAUUAAGUCUUCAGGAGGAUUCGUAUGGUCUUGCAAGAACUACGAUGGAGACGUCCAAUCAGAUGUAGUUGCCCAGGGUUAUGGAUCUUUGGGUAUGAUGACUUCAGUAUUGAUGUGUCCCGAUGGAAAGACAAUCGAAUCGGAAGCUGCUCACGGAACAGUAACUAGACAUUAUAGGAUGCACCAAAAAGGCCAGCAAACCUCAACCAAUCCCAUCGCGUCCAUCUUCGCGUGGACCAGAGGCCUAAUCCACCGUGGAAACCUCGAUGGUAACAAAGAUCUCGUCAAUUUCGGCAACAAGUUAGAACAAGCUUGCAUAGACACAGUUGAAAGCGGAAAAAUGACCAAAGAUUUGGCAGCCUCCAUCCAUGGACUCCCCAACGUUAAGGAGGGAAUGUUCUUGAGUACCCAAGACUUUUUAGAAGCUAUUUCGGAACAAUUAAAAAGAUCCGUUUGAUGAUCAUUUUAAUGUAAAUCAGUUUUUUCAUUACGACAGUCCCAGAAGUUUUUCUAUAAAAAGUUUUAACAAUUUUUUACUUUUGUUUUAUUGUUAACUAUGUCGAAUUAGACAAGUUAGCACAAGCAGACUGAUACAAACGCUGUUUUAACGUGCAUUUUAAGUAGUUCAAUAUUUAUUUUCAAAAUGUUUUACCCUUUUGGGACUUCUCUUUUACAUAAAACCUAAGAGUAAGGCGUGGAUGCUAUUUUGUGGAUGCUGAGAUUAACACAACCUCUUAGGCAACAUCAUUUUUAGGUAAUUUUUCAUUGUUUAUGUCCAUCUUUCAUUUAUAUCGGUCAUAAUUUAUUUUUAAUGUAAUUUUAGUAAGUAAAUCAUUUACUUUGAACAGUGAAAUAAAAAAGUAUUUUUGUA